CCGCCCGGGGCCGGCGCUCGGCGGGGCCGCUCCGGGCGCUCAUCCCUUUGUGUCUCCGGCAGCGCCUCGCUCUGCAUGGUUUGGGCCCUCGGCGCCGCUCCGGCUCCCCGCUCGGCCGCUCUACGGUAGGGCGGAGGAGCCGCUCUAGGCUGCGGCUCUAUGGUCUGAGCCCCGCUGGGAGCCGCCGGGGCCCGCCUGACCCUCUCCUUCCCUUGUCUCUAUGGUAGGAGCCAGCGCUGGAUCCCUGCCCCCCAGCCGGGGCCAUGGCGGCGGCCGGCUGGGCGCGGGGCUUGGGCGCUGCCAUGGCCACCGGCGCCCUCCUGACCCUCUGCCUGCUGCCAGCUCCCAGUGCCACGCAGGGAGACCUCCACCACGGCCAUGGUCAUUCCCAUGGGGAUCUCCAUGGCCACUCCCACGGGGACCUCCACCACGGCCAUGGGCACUCUCAUGAAGACUUCUACCAUGGCCAUGGCCACUCCCACGGGGACCUCCACCAUGGCCAUGGUCACUCCCAUGGGGACCUCCACCAUGGCCACGGUCACUCCCAUGAGGACUUCUACCACGGUCACUCCCAUGGGGACCUCCACCAUGGCCACGGUCACUCCCAUGAGGACUUCUACCAUGGCCACGGUCACUCCCAUGGGGACUUCCCCCACGGUCACUCCCAUGGGGACCUUCACCAUGGCCAUGGUCACUCUCACAAAGACCUCUACCAUGGCCACUCUCAUGGAGACCUCCCCCACGAGGACCUCCACCCCUCCCCUGGUGCCCCCCGAGCCGCCCAGCGCCCGGACACCGUGACCCUCUGGCUGCACACCAUGGCAGCCACCCUGGUGAUCAGUGCUGCCCCCUACCUGGUGCUCUUCCUCAUCCCGGUGGAGUCCAACUCGCGGCAGCACCAAGGCCUCCUCAAGGUGCUGCUGAGCUUCGCCGCCGGGGGGCUGCUGGGGGAUGCCUUCCUGCACCUCAUCCCCCACGCCCUGGUGCCCCACACGGAGGGUGGCCACCCCCCUGCCGAGCCAGGCCCCGGCCAUGGGCACUCACACCACGGGCAGGAGCACGGCCGGAUGCUGGCGGUGGGGCUGUGGGUCCUGGGGGGCAUCGUGGCCUUCCUGGUGGUGGAGACCUUCGUCAGGCAUGCCAAGGGUGCCCAGGGGCACCACGGGCACAGCCACGGGCACGGCCAGGCAGGGCUGAAGGCCAAGAGCAGCUCCAGUGAAGGGGAGGAGGAGAAGGAGGAAGGAGAGAGGGACAGGAAGGCCUCCAAGGGCCAGCGGGGGAAGGGCAAAGCAGCAGCAGAGAGAGAGCCGAGGCCAGCCAUGGCGGUGUCUGGGUACCUGAACCUGGCAGCGGACCUGGCACACAACUUCACGGACGGGCUGGCCAUCGGCGCCUCCUUCCUGGCGGGCACGGGGCUGGGCAGGGUCACCGCGCUGACCGUGCUGCUGCACGAGCUGCCCCACGAGGUCGGCGACUUCGCCAUCCUGCUCCAGUCCGGCUGCACCAAGCGGCAGGCCAUGCGGCUGCAGCUGCUGACGGCGCUGGGGGCGGUGGCCGGGGCCAGCUGCGGGCUGCUGGCCGGGGGCGUGGCCGAGGUGGCCGCCCUGGGGGUCCUGCCCUUCACCGCGGGGGGCUUCAUCUACCUGGGGACCGUGACGGUGCUGCCCGAGCUGCUGCGGGACCCCAGCCCCCUCCAGUCCCUGCUGCAGCUGGGGGGGCUGCUGGGGGGCGUGGCCAUGAUGGUGGCCAUCGCCCAGCUCGAGUAGGGGAGACCCUAC